GAUUUGUGAUGAAACACGGAUCAUCUUUAAUUACCUUGGCUAGUACUCGCCAAUAUCAGUUAGUUACCUACUAAUUUAAGAUGCAUCGCGCUCUAUUGCUUAUGACACUAAUCACGUCCGCGGUUUCCAUGAGUGAAGAAGAGCAUUGCAGGGACAUGUUCGAGAGCUUUAUUAAAGGAAUAUCUCUGGAACCUUCUCCACAGUAUUGUAGAGGAGUGAGCCGCUUUAAUAACGUCCUCAAGCUCACGUCUCCAAUUACUUUGCAGGGAUUGACGAAGAAAAAGAGGAAGGGAAAGAUAGGGGGACGGUGUGAUUGCCCGGAAUUAGAUGUAAUUUGGAAAAUAAGAUGUAAACCUUGCGCACACAGCCCAGACUCGAAUGUCACAGAAUCUGAAUCACAACAUGUGUUGAUGUGAGUGUUCAAUAGAUCCAUGUGGGGAUAUGCAUUGUAAGAAAGAUGAUCUAUUAGUUUCUUUUUAUCUUAAAGUUUUCUAGUGUUUCUUCACUUACGUUUAUCUUAGCUUUCUAAGCUGUAUAGAUAUUGCCAUUUAAUAAGAAAUCUCACACAUGCAAACGUUUUGAACGUAACAAAUUUCGGUUCAUAUUCGAGCUUUUGAUGAUC